AUGGACUCGGCCCAUGCCUAUAUUUACUCGACGAGGCCUUCCCGAACCAAUUGCCCAUUAUUCAUCUCGGCGUUUUUGUCGUCGCCGCCGCCGCAGUCGCAGCCGAUUAGAGAUCAGUUGCCGGCCACGGCAGAGACGAGAGGGCGCAGAGAAACGCGACGGAAGAACAACCCCUUGAGGCGUUGUGGGCGUGGCACUUCGUGCACGCUGCUUCUCUCGUCGACCCUCCACGCCUCGGGGCACUCUCUAGCCCUUUCCGUCUUCCUUCUUGUCCCAGUAUACUUACUCUCUCUCCCUUCUCAUUUUUUCCGUUGUUAG